AUGGCUACCAAGAGCACCCGAAAUUAUGCAAAAGCUCGGGAGCAAGGUAACGUCUUGUACCGGAAAGGCCGGUUCAGUGAAGCGUCAAAGGAAUAUCAGAAGGCUGCUACUCUGGCCCCUUCAGAUCCCUCUCCAUUGUCAAACCUUUCGGCUGUCAGCUUUGAAACUGGCAAAUACGCAGAAUGCGUUGACUUCGCGGAAAAGGCCUUGAGCCUUCUCAUGACUAACCCAGGAGAUGACACUCUGAAGCAGAAAUUGCUAGCCAGGCAAGCCAAAGCCUAUCUUCAGCUCUCAAGUCCGAACAAGGCCGAAGAGGUUUCAAAUCAACUGAAGCCAGGAGAGGAGGUUAAUGAUAUCCGUGAUUCGAUUGGCAAGUUAAGAACAUUUGAGAAGUUCUCCCCGCAGCAAGGAUUACUACGUGAGAGAUCAGUACAACUACCACGACUGAAACCAAACAUUCAGCACGAACCGCAUUAUUACGGUUUCGGUGACGAUACAGCUGAAUCGCAAUAUACGGCUGAGCUCGAGAAAUCUGCUGGCAAGGAUCCGGUCUUGUCCAUUAUGUUCUGUGGCGUUUCGGACGCUCGUCACGUCUUCCACACCGUUUCGGAGUACUCUUCAAAGAAAAAGGGACCCCAGAAGUUGCACAUCACAAUGGUGGAUCACAAGCCAAUUGUUCUGGCUCGCAUUUUGGUAUUUGCCAGCAUGCUACAUGAAGCGGCUGUUAGCCAAGAGUCAAAAGACGCGACGCUGCUGAAUCUGAGUUACGUGUACUGCGCUCAAAUCAUCCCACCAUUCGCGUGGGCUAACCUGCAAGAGACCAUAAAUAGGCUACUGAAUAGACUCGAGAAGAAGAGUUGGAAGUGGCUUGCGGCGGUGUAUGAAACCUCUACCUCAGUACGUCGCCGUGUGGCUGAAAGUCCUACCAGGGUAAUACCGGAGGUGAUGUUUAUGUUCUCCGAGUUCAAAAAGCGUGUUUCUGACUAUCUAGAUCGACACUGGAAAGUAAAUGUCACACUUCUCGAUCCGAUCAUGCAUAUAAGACAUGGAGAAUAUGUUUUAUCUGUAAUGGAGAACCACCCAUUCAGCAUGAUUGCAUCAACGGUGACGCAGCUGUCUGGACUGCGGGCACGUGAUGAAUCGAUAUGUUGCUUGAACCUAGGUUUCCUUAAGUUACGUGGUAGGCUGAUAAUGGAAGCGAUUGCUGGGGAUAUGGCCGAACCUUUGAAAUACCAUCUAAUUCAUAUGAACAACAUUCCAGAUUAUGUGGGAGGGCCUUUGACGAGCUUUCUCUACGGACCCCCGGUACUAAAGACAGGGGUUGGCACAGGCUUAACCUCAUGUUGCCUGCGACAUACGCACUCGUGGAAUAGCAUCAAUCAUGUUAACUCGGAGUACUUAUUAAUGCAUGAUCGAAGAUUGAUCGAGGAGCAUUUCCAAGUCAAGCUUUCUAAGGAACCUUCAAGAUCGGAAACACCCGUGAUGCAAUUCUAUCAUCGCUGGGAGAGAUGCGAGAGCAAGCGGCUCUCUUUGGAACGGCUGAUGCCGCGAGCAAGCUUCUCGAAAUGGUUAUUUGCUCACUACCUCAAGAUAUGCAUACCAUUCCCCCGCAACCCAGAUAUACUCGGUUUCAUUGCCCCUCUCAACAUGACGGCAUUUCUAAGACUCCUUGUUCAGAUGAGUGAGCUAGGCUAUCCCGGCCAUUGGCUAUCACAUAUUAUCACAUCUCUUAGUUGUGGUACAAUCACCACCACAGCACGGGCACCUCGGGACAAGAUCCUCGACACUACUGAUGUGGAUAAAGUAUAUCCAUCUCGCACUAUUUGUGUUAAGCCUUGGUCGGCAGAAUUCACUACGAUUGUAGCUCAAUGGCGAGGACUCCUCCCGUUUACCAUCGUGGUACCAAGCGGGAUCCUACCUCCACCAGAGACCAUCUUCGAGUAUUCGGUCAAGAUCCCACAUACUCCGGAUACACCAUUUGAACGUCCUGAAUUCAUAUUGAUCUUCUGUCGAGAAUAUGACUUGUUAGAGCGGGAUCUAUACAAGCUACUUCUUGACGACGAAAGAGGAGAUAUGACGGCUUCAGCUCGGGAGAUUAGGGCAGAUGGGGUCAACAUCGUGAGCACAAUCAAAUAUGUCACAGCUACUGCCACGGCUACCUUCUGGCUGAGGAGCGACGUGAUGGACUUGAUGUGCAAAGAAGACUGGGACGUUUUCAUCGGGAGGACUGAUUCAUGGGAACAUCAUACACCGGGCUAUCCUGUGAGGGAAGUUCUCUGGAAAAAGAGAUCUUGGAGGGACUGUGUAGUUGCGUGA